GGUGAGGGGAGGAAGGUGGGUGGAGGUGUUGUCUGCGCCUUUAGUAUCUGCGGAGGAGCAGCAGAAAGGGCAAGAUGGGAGUCAAGAAGGAGGUCUGUUGCAGCAAAUGCGCGGGUUCCCCGCCCUAGGCGUCGAACGCCUCUUCUGGGAUCGCCAGGAACAUACCCUCGUCGCCAUUAUCCGGUUCGGCCCUGCUCUUUCCGGCUGGCCCGGUGUCACGCAUGGCGGAGCUAUCGCGACGGUGUUGGCGGAGAAGAUGGCGCUUGCUGCUUCGCUAUCCUCACCUUCCCUUGCGGAUGAUGCGGGAACAGGUAGUGUCGGGGUGUCGGAAGCGGCGGUACCGCAACGGAUGCCGGGAGUGGGUGGGCAUGCGAAGAUGUUCGCUCCUUCACUUACACAGGGAAGUGGAGGGGAGCAGCUGAGUCUGAGUCUAAGCUAUGUGAAACCGACUUACGCGAAUAAUGUCUACGUCGUGCGUGUCUCGCCUUCGAUCGAUCUGGCGCAGGAGGAGAAACCGCAUGUGGUUCCGGACGAGCCGAUGGGUAGUAGCGCGGCUGGGACGGAGUACGAGGCCACGCUCGAGACGAUGGAUGGAAGGAUUUUGGUCAAGGCGAAGGCGAGAUUUGCUCCACCGAGCAGGAGUGGUGAUAGUACGCUACAGCGAAUGGAGGAGGAAGUGGCGGAGGUGGGGAGGAAGACGUACACGGAGUUCAAGGAGUGGAUGUGGCCUUCGCGACAGCAGCAGAGUUCGCAAGCGGGUUGAGAUCGGCAUAUUGCUGCGGUGCCGCGUCGAGGAGAGGGGACACGACAUCCUUAUCUUGACUUGCGCGGUUCUCGAAGACCUCGAGCCCUCAUUCUCAAGCAUUCCGCCACGAAGCUUCUGAGAGGUUCGCAAGCGCACAAAGCGCCUUCCUUCGCUGCACCGCGCGUAUUUCCACAUCCUCUGGUCACCACUUCCAGCACUUUUACAAACCACUGCGCAUAUACCGCUCGCCCGAAGCUUGCGCGCGAACCACUCAG